AUGCUGGAUGGACACGUCCUGCUGGGAUGGCUCUCCUCCUGCGCGCUCCUAGGGCUGCUCGCCUGCGCCCCGCGGCCCUCCGCUGCCUACUUCGGGCUGACGGGGAACGAACCCCUGACCAUCCUCCCUCUGACCUCGGAAAUGGAGGAGGCGGCCGUCAAGGCCCACUACAAGGUGUGUGACCGCCUGAAGCUGGAGAAGAAGCAGCGCCGGAUGUGCCGGCGCGACCCCGGCGUGGCCGAGACCCUGAUGGAGGCCAUCAGCAUGAGCGCCCUGGAGUGCCAGUACCAGUUCCGCUUCGAGCGCUGGAACUGCACCCUCGAGGGCCGCUACCGCGCCAGCCUCCUCAAGAGAGGUUUUAAGGAGACAGCCUUCCUGUACGCCAUCUCCUCGGCGGGGCUGACCCACGCCAUGGCCAAGGCGUGCAGCGCGGGGCGCAUGGAGCGCUGCACCUGCGACGAGGCCCCCGACCUGGAGAACAGGGAGGCCUGGCAGUGGGGAGGCUGCGGGGACAACCUCAAGUACAGCAACAAGUUUGUCAAGGAGUUCCUGGGGAGGAAGCCCAACAAGGACCUGCGAGCCAGGGUGGACUUCCACAACAACCUGGUGGGCAUGAAGGUCAUCAAAGCCGGCGUGGAGACCACCUGCAAAUGCCACGGCGUGUCCGGGUCCUGCACCGUCCGAACGUGCUGGAGGCAGCUCUCCCCCUUCCACGAGAUCGGGAAGCAGCUGAAGCAGAAGUACGAGACCUCGCUCAAGGUGGGCAGCACCACCAACGAGGCCACGGGGGAAGGUGACAUUUCCCCCCCUAAAAAAUCCACCCCGGGCCACAGCGAUCAAAUCCCAAGGACUACGGAUCUCGUCUACAUUGACGACUCCCCGAGCUUCUGCCUGAUGAGUCGGUAUUCCCCCGGGACCUCGGGACGGAAGUGUUACAAGGACAAGAACUGCGACAGCAUCUGCUGUGGCCGGGGCCACAACACGCAGAGCCGGGUGGUGACGCGCCCGUGCCAGUGCCAGGUGCGUUGGUGCUGCUACGUGGAGUGCAAGCAGUGCACCCAGAGAGAGGAGGUUUACACCUGCAAGGACUGACACAACCCGCGGCCUCUGCUGCACGGCCACCCCCGGGGAUGGGCCAGCUUGGAGAACUGCCUAUGGAGACAAACAGGGUUUGAUUGACCUUCUGGCAUCUGGAAGCUAUGUUGAGACAUAAGCACUUUGUAGGGUA